AUGACCGACGCACUCGCGGCCGCCACUGGCACCGCCCUAGACGACGAGCGUAUCGACCGCGCCCCGUCGCGCAAGCGGUGGAGCUGGUCGCGCGACGUGACCGAGUUUGAAGAGAUCGAGCAGAUCGGCGAGGGCACGUACGGCCAGGUGUGGAUGGGCCGCGACCGCCUGUCGGGCGAGAUUGUCGCCCUGAAGAAGGUGCGCAUGGAUCAGGAGAAGGAGGGCUUCCCCGUCACCGCCAUCCGCGAGCUCAAGAUGCUCCGCUCGUUGAGACAUGAGAACAUCGUCAACUUGAAGGAUAUCGUCACGGGGCAAAACCAGAAUAGGAAUAGGGCGCGGAGGAAUAAGCAUGAGAUUUAUAUGGUGUUUGAGUAUGUCGAUCAUGAUUUGACCGGUUUGAUGGAUACUCCCUCCAUACGCUUUUCUGAGGCCCAGGUGAAGACCUAUGCGAAGCAGCUUCUGUCAGGGCUCUGGUAUUGUCACGAAAGAGAGGUACUGCAUCGGGAUAUCAAGGGCUCCAAUUUACUCAUUGACAAUAAGGGCAAUCUCAAGAUUGCUGAUUUCGGUCUUGCCAGAACUUAUAAUGACAACUUGAAGCGUUAUACCAACAAGGUUAUUACGCUAUGGUACCGUUCCCCAGAGCUUUUACUCGGAGCGAAUGAGUAUGGACCGGAGGUCGAUAUUUGGUCGGUGGGCUGUCUACUCGUCGAGCUGCUCACAAAGAAGCCUUUGUUUCCAGGCAAGGAUGAAACCGAGCAGAUCGACCUUAUUUUCCGCGUAUUAGGAUCUCCGACGGAGGACUCCUGGCCUGGUUGGACCCGUCUCUCCUAUGCCGAUAUGUUAAAAGGUCAAUUUUAUGAGCCACGCCUCGAUGAGGCGUUGCAAUCUAUCACCCCGACCGCACGAUCCUUGAUCGCCGAUUUGCUUCAACUUGACCCCAAAAGACGGCCAACUGCGUUGGACGCGCUUGAUCAUGACUGGUUUUGGACCCCACCUUAUCCGACACCGAGGGAGGAUUUGCCUAAGUAUCGCUCGACGCAUGAGUUUCAGGCGAAGCAACGGCGGAAAGAAAGUAACAAGUUUAACUCCCAUCACUGACUGCCUUUCAAGACAAUUAAGUCGACGCUCUGCUCGCCGGGAAAGAUUAAGAAAGCUCUCGCCACCGCCACAAUACAUUAGUCUCCCAUGGCGUCGAAUAUAUCGUCAAGGUCAUCCUCAUCCUCGUCUGAGGCGUCGGAAUCCGAAAUUUUGUUGUCAACCACCUUGCCCAUAUCCGGAUCGCUAUCGGGAGAGCGGUUACUUCUUGAAGCAUUUUUCUCAGGUGUGAGAGCAUGUCGCGAAGCACGUCUUUCUGUUUGCACUUCGUUCGUCCCACCUAAGUUCUUGUGCGAAGGCAUGGAGGGUGCGGUAUGGUUCUUGUGUAUUGAUGUGUUAGCACCCGCCACGAUUGUUCCGGGAACCGAGGCUGCCAACCGAAUGUGCGCUGGAAUUGCGGUCACUAUGCGUGAGUCAUGUUGGGCCAUUAAUUCAUAUAGAGAUGGUUUUUGAUCCGCCAUUGGUUUGGAUGCGUCGUUCGGCCCGUUGUAGACUCGCAAAGUGGCGUCGCGAGCAGCGCUGUCAUUAUCUUCCUCUGUGCUCUCAAGCCCUUCGUGAUUCUCAUCGUAACGAGCGCUGUCGUCCUGCUCAGCUUUAUCGAAUGCUUCGACAACUUCUCCGAUAUCCUCGGCACCAUUUCCCUUGGGGAAACCGGGCAUUCCCGGAUUGAUUCUUGGUAUGUCAGCGCCGAGGAGAAGUUUAGUUUCGACAACUACUCCUCGCAGUUCGGACAAGACUUUCUGUUCCAUAACGAAAAGGCGAGCGAGUAUAGCUAUCACAGCAAUCGCAAACGGGAGGAAAUGCUCCCUGCAAACCAAUUCAAGUACCACUUUCACUGCUGCCUUUGGGAUCACUUUGGUGACCAACGCUUCUUGCGAUUCCUCGAUAGACUUGAGGUCAUCUAAUGUGAGGGUUGAUAGGGAAAGGGGAAGUUUACUGCUCGGUCUUGCCCUCGAGUUUGCAUUUUCCCUGAGGGCCUUCCUGACCGACUCCCACGCAACAUGAUUGUUUGCAGACCUAAGCAAACGACGUACAUGCUCCAGUCUUCGAAAGUAGAGACCAUGCCUGUGUUGGUUCCGGUUUCUAUACAGCAGACGAGUGAAAGUCGUAUGCUCCACUUUCCGUAUUGGAUCCACUUCCAUGCGAGCGAUCCGUUGGAAUCGAUUGCGCAAGUCGUCCAUUUUCGCAGUUGAGGUCUGCGAUUGCACGCGAAGCUCUUGGAGGAGAAGAGCUAUGCUGCACACACACACUAACGAGAAUAAAACGCAAAUAUACAAU